UUUUCGCCUGUCUCUCCCUUACAUGCCGCGCCUCCGCAGGCGAAAUCGAUAAGGCAAAAAAUUGGCUCGCCCCAGCGACGUCGUAUAAGCAGCAGUCGCUCCCCGUCUCAACCACCACCCCCCUCCACUCAAUCGCUCUCUACGAGCAAAUCAAGGUUCUUUCGCAGGCUCGAGGUUCCUUCAGGUGGUCUUAUUUAAUCAAUCCUUUACAAUGGUCGCUCCUACCGGCACAAUCGAGGACCUCCUCGCCCAGCUCUACAUCGCUGAGACCUCCGAUGAUUGUCUCCACGUCGCCGACCAGCUCGCUGAAGGGCUCUUGAACGCUGCACCCGCUGCUCCUGCCACUACGAUCAGAAAUCUUAUCGACUCCCGCGUCCUCGAGAACCUUCAACAGAACGCGCAGAACAAGAAAGACGGAUUGAAGCGCGAGUCCGCAUUGAUUGGCUACUACCGUCUUUUCGAUGCGUUCUCCAAGCACCCCGAGGUCGCUGCUACCCCAUUCUUCCUCCAAUACCUUCCCGUCGUCCUCGAUACCCACGCGGACAAGGGACAAGUCGUCCGUGACGCAGCCGCGUACGCUCUCGAAGCCCUGUGCUCCAACUUCCGCCCCGAAGAACUCGGUGCAGCAGUUUGGCCCGCAGUCCGCGAUUACUUCAACACCGACCCCAAAUGGCAAUCUAAAAUCGCCGCACUCAGCGUUCUUGCCAAAUUUCCUAAAAUCAGCAAGGAGCAGGUUUCGGAGCACUUGGUCGAGUUGAUUCCGGCUGUGCAGUUGUGUAUGCACGACACAAAGGCUGAGGCAUCUGAGGCUGCGAUUGCUUGUAUGAAGGGUCUGUUGAGCACUGUGGAGAACCUGGAUAUCAAGCCGCAUUUGUCGUUGAUUGUGGAGUGUAUGGCGAAGCCUACCCAGGUCCCUGCUUGUAUCAAGGCUUUGUCCGCGCAGACUUUCGUUGCUGAGGUCAAUGCUCCCGUCCUCGCUAUUCUCGUUCCUAUUUUGGUUCGUGCGUUGAACGAGCGCAGUCAGGAGGUUUUGCGUCAGACUGUCAUCGUUGCCGAUAACUUGUGUCGUUUAGUCAAGGACCCUCUUGAUGCUGCCCGCUUCUUGCCGGAGUUGAUGCCCCUCGUUCAGGAGCGUGUCGUUAAGGUCGCUUCUAUGCCCGAGGUCCGUGCGCUCGCUACCAAGGCCUACAACACCAUGGUUGCCGCCGGUGCUGAGGCUAAGGUUGCCGAUGUCUCCCACGAGACUACUCCCCAGCAGGUCCGUACCCUCCUCGAAGGCCUCGUCGCCAAGAAGUUGGGAUGGAAGCCCCCCGCCGACAACGUCUCCGGCACCCUCUACCACAUCCUCUCCCUCAUCUUGGCGCAGAUGGUCAACAACGACCGUUUGUCUACCUCGACCUGGACUGAGGUCUACGUCGGCCCAUACAUGGCUCCGGUCUUGGGUACGCCCAAGAUGUCCCUUGAGUUGGGUCAGGAUAUGGUUAACCACUACCUUGAGGAGUAUAAGAAGGCUCACCCUAACGAGUUCGAUGAUGAUGAGGCUGGUGAGAAGAUCGUUGAUGUUGACUUCUCUCUUGCGUAUGGUGGUAUGAUGUUGCUUAACCACACUCACCUUCGUCUUUACCGUGGUCGUAGAUACGGUAUCGUUGCGCAUAACGGUGCGGGUAAGUCUACGCUCAUGCGUGCCAUUGCUACGGGCAAGUUGGAGGGGUUCCCGUCUCCAGAGGAGGUUAGAACCUGUUUCGUCGAGCACAACUUGCAGGGAUCUGAGUCUGUCUCCCCCAUUCUCGACUUCGUUGCCGAGGAUGAGGAGUUGGUGAAGCUCGGUAUUACCAAGGAGCAGACUGCUGCUACCCUUCUCGAGGUCGGGUUCACCCCUGAGCGCCAGGCUGCUCCCGUCAGCAGUUUGUCUGGUGGUUGGAGGAUGAAGCUUUCCCUCGCUCGUGCAAUGUUGAUGAACGUCGAUGUCUUGUUGUUGGACGAACCUACCAACCACUUGGAUGUCACCAACAUCGCAUGGCUCGAGUCCUACCUUAACUCGCAACAUCACAUCACCUCCAUGAUCGUCUCCCACGACUCCAAGUUCUUGGAUAACGUUUGUACUGACAUCAUCCACUACGAGCGCAAGAAGUUGGCGUACUACAGGGGUAACCUCUCGGCUUUCGUUGAUGUCCAUCCCGCGGCGAAGAGUUAUUACACCUUGGAUGCGAGUAACGUCAAGUUCAAGUUCCCUCCUCCCGGAAUCUUGAGUGGUAUCAAGUCAAACACAAAAGCGAUUAUGCGUAUGACGCACUGUCACUUCACUUACCCCGGCGCCGCGAAGAAGUCUUUGGAUGAUGUAUCUGCUACCCUCACUCUCUCUUCUCGUGUCGCCGUGAUCGGUGCCAACGGAGCUGGUAAGUCUACGCUCAUCAAGGUCUUGACCGGUGAGGUUAUUCCUCAGGAGGGAGCCGUCGACAAGCACCCCAACCUGCGUGUCGGAUACGUUGCUCAGCACGCUUUCCACCACGUUGAGCAGCACAUGGAUCUUACUCCUAACCAGUACAUCCAGUGGCGUUACGCUGGUGGUGAGGAUCGUGAAGUUCUUGAGAAGGCUUCCCGUAUCUUGACCGAUGAGGAGAAGGCACAGUUGGACACUCCCUUCGUUGUCCAGACUCCCCACGGUGAGGAGACGCGUAAGGUCGAAAUGAUCAUUGGUCGUCAGAAGUUGAAGAAGACGUUCCAGUAUGAGGUUAAGUGGCAGAACAUGGGACACAAGUUCAACUUGUCUGUUCCUAGGGACAGGUUGAUCGAGAAGGGUUUCGCGAAGAUGGUGCAGAGGUUCGACGAUUAUCUCGCUUCCAAGGAGGGUCUUGGAUACCGUGAGUUGUCGCCUGCCGUUAUCAGGAAGCACUUCGAGGAGAUUGGGUUGGACGGUGAUAUCGCCGACCACAACGCUAUUCGUGGUCUUUCUGGUGGCCAGAAGGUCAAGGUCGUUAUUGCUGCUGCUAUGUGGAACAACCCUCACUUGUUGGUUCUUGACGAGCCUACUAACUACUUGGACCGUGACUCCCUCGGUGGUCUCGCUGUUGCUAUCCGUGACUGGGCUGGUGGUGUCGUCAUCAUUUCUCACUCUUCCGAGUUCGUUGGCGCGUUGUGUCCCGAGCAGUGGAUCGUCGAAAACGGAAAGGUCAUCUCCCGUACCAAGGACGGUAUCGACGAGUCCAAGUUCUUGGACAAGACCGAUGAAAAGGCUGCGGAGCCGGAGAGUGGUGCGAUCGGUAAGGCGAGGAAGAAGAAGAAGAUGACUAGGAAUGAGAAGAAGGUUCAGGAGGAGCGCAGAAGGUUGAGGCACAUAGCUUGGUUGUCGUCUGCGCCGGGUACGCCUAAGUAUGAGGACACUGAUGAUGAGUAGAUGGGCAGAGUUCCAGAUACAGUGUGAAUGCCCCAUAUGGAGUUAAGAGCCUGGUUUUGCUUUCUACGGUUUUAUUUUUUGUUUAUGUUUUUCUCUUUUGCACCAUAGAAGUUACUCUGUUCCGCUAAUAUCAAUUGUAAGGGCUGGAGGUCCUACAUUAUACUGUUCUGUUCAUUCUCCUUGUAUUG